AUGGACACUCGCUGGCUGUCGCUCGUCUCGCCACUACCAUCGCUCUUUCCGCUUCAUCCGUUCAGCAUCGCACCACUGCAACGAAUUCCGCUGCUACCACAGUUCACUCCGCUCAUCAAGAAAGACAAAUCAAAGCAAUUUCUCGUCGAACAACUGCUUCCCAAUGGUGCCAAAUCAACAGUUGGAAUUCGUGAACGGCGGCUACGGCAUGAAGAAUCCGCUGGCGUCCAGGUGCAACUCCAAGGACGAGACGACGGCGACGGCGACGGCGACAGCCAGCAACCAGGGGCAGUACAACUGCCGCGUGUGUGGAAAGGUGAGUGA